AUGGCGUCGUCCGGCGCGGGGUCGGGCGGGGUGGGGUCGGAGGAGGGGGGCGCGUCGGGGCUGACCCCGCUGAAGCUGGUGGGGCUGGUGUGCAUCUUCCUGGCGCUGUGCCUCGACCUGGGCGCCGUGCUCAGCCCCGCCUGGGUGACGGCCGAGCGCCAGGCCUACCUGUCCCUCUGGGAGACCUGCACCAAGGCCGGCCACGCCGACGCCUGGGACUGCGCCUCCACCCUCGGCACCGAUUGGCAGAUCGCAACACUUGCUAUGCUGUUGGGGGGUGCUACCAUAAUUCUUAUAGCUUUCUUGGUUGGAUUAAUUUCGAUCUGUGUCGGGUCACGGAGGCGGUUCUACAGACCAGUUGCUGUCAUGCUUUUUGCAGCAGUGGUUCUUCAAGUAUGCAGUCUUGUCCUUUAUCCAAUCAAGUUCAUCGAAACAGUCAAUUUGAGAAUAUACCAUGAGUUCAACUGGGGCUAUGGCCUAGCUUGGGGUGCAACUAUAUUUUCAUUUGGGGGUGCCAUACUUUAUUGCCUAAACCCUAAGAACUACGAAGACUACUACUGAAAGAAGCUGCUUAAAACAAAUAAGAAGAGGAAUAAAACAAGGAUUGUUCUGUCUUUUUUAACUCAGUGUUUUUAGUACUUUUUUAGAGUAUCAAGCAGUUCACUCUGUUGAUUAUCAGCCUUUUACCUUUUGGCUACAGUUACUGCAAGUAGCUUUUCAACAACCCCUGAAAAGAACUACAAAGAUUACACCUGCUGAUGAAUCCAUAGGCAAAUGCUGUAUGCUGCUGCUAC